CAAAUAAAAAAGACUCCUCUUCUCUUCUCUUCUCUUCUAUUCAAAGAAAAUUAAUGGCUGAGGCUUUGGUAGUUUGCAGCAACAAGAGCUCGGCAACAGGGAUCACUAUAAUGGAGAUGAAGACAGGGGAACAAAUCCUGCACAUACCAACUUGUGCUUCUCCUCCUCAUGGCUUGUGCUGCUUGAGAAAUCACUUCCUUUUCGCUUCUCAGAUUCAUAGGCACGGCUCCGUUGGAGGCGGAGCCAUCUUCAUGUGGCACUUGAACAAGCCUCAGCCACCUCUACGAAGCUAUCCAUUGGAGGCCAUUGGACCACUUUCUUGCACAAAAGAUGGUGUAUAUCUUUCAGGUGGAGCUCUAUCUGGAAAUGCUUAUAUUUGGGAGGUUAGUAGUGGAAAACUGCUAAAGAUUUGGCGAGCACAUCAUCGAUCUUUGACAUGUAUGUUGUUCUCUGAUGAUGGUUCUCUUUUCAUUUCUGGUUCAGAGGAUGGUAUGAUCUGUGUUUGGUCUAUGAUUAGCUUGCUAGAUGUAGAAGUUUCAGAUUCAAGCUCAGCUUCUGUAUUACAUUUCUCUUUGGAGCAUAAUACCCCUAUAACAAGUCUGUCAACUACAUCAUCAGUCAGCUCAAGUUCAAUUUUAGUAUCAAGCUCCAAUGAUGGCACAUGCAAGGUGUCAGAUUUGGUCUUGGGAAGGAUCAUAAGAACUGUCGUUUAUCCACAAGCAAUAACUGAGGUACUUCUUCACCCAGCAGGGCAGAUUCUAGUAUGUGGAAGUUUAGAUGGAAGAAUUUUCAUCAACAAACUUGAUUUUGAAGAUCAACCAGUUGAGCUACAAGGGCACAAUUCAUGCAGUGGGGCAGUAACUGCAUUGACUUUCAGUCAAUCUGGUUUGGUUUCUGCAUCUGAGGACUGCACCAUCUGCAUAUGGGAUGUUACUACUUGGACAAUCACACAAAAAUUCAAUCACCAAAAAGGAGCAGUAACCAACUUGGCUGUGAUACUGCGGUCCUCGCUGCUCCCAGUGGCGAAUAAUAAUCGAAAAGUAUCGAAUCCAUUUCGUGUUUCAUCAUCACUUGACAAGUAUCCGCAGCAUGAUAAAUUUUCUAAGGAAACAAUCACUCUUAUUCCCUCCUCAAGCUAUUGCUCCCUCAUAGAAAGUUUUCAGAGCACUGACUCAUGCCAACAAAUUCUUAACUUGCAGUCGCAGAAAGAGUGGACACCAGCAGCCAUGCAAAUGAAAGUGGAAACAUGUAUAAAGAGUAGGAUUUGGGCAUUGAAGAUGACAAAGCAUGUUAUGGAGAUGAAUAGGCAUUUACAAACACGUUUGCUAGACUUAAUGCAGAGUAGGUUCUUGAGGUGUACAGAAACUGAUGAGUCCCAUACUACAAAAAGAAGAAAGAAGUUUUUUCUUAAGAGUUCUUGUAAAGAUAGUGGAUCACCAUUACAAGAUGAGCACCAAUAAUCACAGUUAUGUAUUUAUAUAUAUAUAUAUAUAUAUUUAUAUUAUUUUUUGUACAAGAUUAUACGGUUAAGUUAUAUUGUAGCCAUGAUGAAAAGUAUUGAUGUAGAAGUGCAUUUUGAUUUUGAGGGUAAAAUUGAGUUUUGUGCUGAAGAGAAAUUCUUAUAUC